ACGGACAGACAGCGAUAUCUCAGUUCUAGCGUUCCGUAACCUACAUUUCACAAUUGAAAUGUUCUAAACGUUAUGAAAUUUUUUAAGAAAAAAAUGAAAAGCUUACUUGGUUCUGUACCUAUGUAUCUAAAUUCUAGGUUUAUACAAUUUAGAGUCAGUUGCAGAAAUGAGCUAUUUGUUCAACAUUGUACACAUUAAGAUACCUGUUAUCACAGCAGGUAACGUUUUACAAAUAUUUAUACUUCGUACAAAUAUAAAAUGUACCUCAUCGAUUACUAACUCGAUGCUCGGACUAUUCGUAAAACUAUUAAUCAUAAUUAUGUCAACAGUCAGCAGUACGUACGACUACAACAUCCGGUAUCUUUUUCGUUUGUUUCCUUUACACAACGGAUGGGAACCAAAUUCAAGUUCAGCCAAUUAUAAAUAUAAAUACAAUGGAAUACAAUAGCAACCAUGGGUUCCGUACUAGAGUUUUUCAACAAUAUUAUUAAGAAAAAAGGAAAUGACAAAUGUGGCCGUUGGGUAAUUCAAUUUUCUGUAUGAGAUGAGGCUUUUUACAGCUUAUCCAGCAGUGUGUGUAAUUCGGUCCGGUAAUUUAAUCGAACUAGCUGAUCCGGUGAACUUUCUUCCUCCGAGCUGAUCUAUGAAUUUCAAAGCAUGCAAAAAACGUACAAGUCGGACCAUCUUCGCUUUUUAGGAGGAAUUCAGCCAUAUACGCACGUACAGUACAAUACAUAUACAUAUUAUAAAAGGGUAAUCUUGAAUCUAUAAAAGGAUAUUGAGGAUAUGAGAAUUUCAUGGUCAAUCUGCAUGACACUGUGAUUAACUCUAGACAGAAAAUAGACAAUAGGCAUGAUGCACAGAUUUUUUCGAAAAAUAAAAUAUAUUAUAAAAGUUUAUUCAACGUGACUCCUGUCAUUGUUCAUAAACAAAAGCUGUUAACGCAUGUUAUCAACGAUUAAUUCUUAAAAAAGUCUUAAUCCAUUUCCUAACUUACCAGAUUAACCUUAGAAUUGAAUACAAAAUAAACAAUUCGUAGGCUUUAAGCCUAUUAAAUUCAGCUAAGAACUCUAAAAAUAAUAAGUCAAUAUCAUAGGUAUUCCGUCCCACGCCCUACCAUUUUUCUUCGAGUGGCUGUAUGCUCGGUUGCCUUUGCCUUCAGUCGUUUACCGUUUGGCGCGAAAAAAACAUACGCACUCGGCAAGUCUGCACGUUGGUCGCUGGGUAUUUACAGUGUCGUUUUGUAUAAAUAGGUUGUUUUUAAUGUCUGUGCCGCAUCUCUUCGCGUUGUUUACUGAGAAUCGCACGAGAGCGACGCUGUCCAAAACUAUGUACCGAGAACUGUUCCUGUUGCUACUAUGCGUUGGCAUAGUGCUCCCAGCUCCACAGCAGGACAGUAACAUCACUUACGUCACGCGUCAAGCUAAGCUAGACGAACCCAGACCAGACACCAUUACUUCAGAAACUGAAUCAAAGAUAGAAAAUGUUCCUCUCACUAUACCUGGUACAAUAGAUACCAAAAGCAAUACUACUACCACCGAAAAUACGAAGAAUAUUACAGCGAAAACACCUGAUAAACCAGUCUACAAUUAUUCUGAUCGAAUAUAUUCUAUAAAAACUAAACCGAAAACUACUACAAGCACAACAGAAGAGACUCCAACUCCUACUGAAGAAGUAGCUGAAGAGGUGAACGUCAAUAAAACUGACGUCAUCGUACUAGAGAUUAAGGAUACCGACAUCACUCCCGCGGAGAGCAUUCUCCAAGACACCAUAGCUAAUGAGAAUCAGAGCAGUACGUACGAAGACGUGACGGUGAGCGACGAACUGGUGACGGAAAAGUACGAAGAGGAAACUACAGCAACCACAGAAGUGGAUGUGGAAACCACGAGACCACCGCUCCCGAAAUUUAUCCCCAAACUAAGCUACUUCGGGAAGUCCAGCUAUCCGGGAUCGUUUUCGCAGAACCUGAUCGCGAAUCCCGGAAAAAGGAGGUUUAGAUCUCGUUGCAGGUGCGAGAAAAUAUGGAACUGUGUGAAGUUACAAAUAAGUGUCCCGAGAUGUCCCGAAGAAUACUUUUUGUGUUGUUCUUAGAUGUUGAUUUGGCUCUGGCGAGCUCGUGAGUACCCACCGAACUGUUACAGAUCGUGUAAGGAGGAAUGUUGGACUAAUGUGCCUCGAAGGUCAAUCAAAACUCGUUAUAGCUUGUUUACAUCUUCUUUGUCUCAUAAACAUGAGAAAAAUGUAAAAACAUGAUGUAAAUAGGAGACUAGGUAGGAAUUUUAAGACUAGUCCAAAAAUUUAGCUUGUUUUAGAAUGACUUCUUUCAAUCAUAAGUAGCGUAUUAUAAUCCUCGCAAUUUUCUACCAUUGGACGCGAUUGACGUUAUUGGCAAUACAUUUCUAUUGAUAGCCUUUUUUGAUACUGGGUUUUGCCAUGAUAACGUCGUUAUCCUGUAAUGCGACAAAGUUCUUGCAAACUUAACAUAAUAGUAAUAGAUCUUAAUAGAUCCCCGAACAUUGUAAAGAUAUUUGACCGAUGUAAGUGUUCAGUAGUUAUUUAUUGUAAUCUAUUUAGGUCAUUAGGAAUGUAUUAUAUGAGAAUUCUAGCAUUUAAAACAUUUUCCAAUGUUAGUUACCCAAAACUUGAGAAACGCUGGACGCUUUUCUCAAGUUUUAGCGAGACAAAUAUAGUUUUUAAGUCAGUAUUUACCUAGGACCUAUUACAAGUACAAAUGCCAAAUUAUAAUCACAGGCAUUUUAAACGUACUUUAUAGUUCAUUAUUAUUUAUAUGAAGAAUACAAGAAAAAUAAAAACAUUUAGAAAAAUUAACAAUGUGUUUUAACUUAAGAACUGAGGGUCUUCUACCACCUCCUCAAGUAAUAUGGCAUGUGUGCGAAAGAGACGCCACUCUACGCCGUGUAAUGCGCUAUCACGCUGUUUCGAAACGGCAAUUUUGAAAAUAAACCUAAAGACAGUAACACUAUACAUAAAAACAACAAAUGGAAAUUUACACAUUUAAUUCGUCAUAUAGAAACAAGAGUUAUCACAAAAAUAUAACAUUACUUAAACAGUCAUUCGCCUAGAAGAAUAUAUUAAACAUUUACUACCAACUAAACAUGCUUACAAUGUACAGAAAAUUCAAUACGACCGUCCACACAUCAGAGAAAUAUGGUAAAAGCACCUUUGUGUAACAGACUUAAGAUUCAUUAUUGUCUUUCUGACAUGUGGUGAGCCGUACAAUUAAAUUAAGAGACAUAAACAUUGUUUAUACACGCUGAAAUUUUACUAAUAUAGUUGAGUGAAGCGAUAGUACCUGAUGCCAAAGAAAUAAAAAAACAUGCGAGGCAGACACCAAGGAAUAAAAAUAAAGAGCGAUACUUAUUUAUGAAACAUCAAACAUUACCAAAUAUGCAUGGAAACAAAGCUACGACGUCACACUUACUGAAGGAGAAGGCACUAUACAAAAAUGGCAUCCGUCCUUUUUAAUAAAAAAAGAAAAAAAAUCUGUUUUUAACAGAAAAAAUAAAGAGCACCGUUUAAAAAA